UUCCAUGUCGGGGAAUUUGGCAUUCUUGGUGCGACGAUGACUCUUACUAGGUAAUGACUGUUUCCUCAUUGACGCCUGUCAAUUCUUACGCUCAGCCAACAUCGUGCCUUUUUGCGAGAAUUGUUUAAAUCUUCGAAACAUUGCGUUGAAAGUGAAUCGCCACGCACUGCUUGUACUCAUCUCAAGCCAUAAGAGGGAGUAUUCGUAAUAUGCCCGUGAUGCAUAUCGCCAUUUCUACAUUAUUUUUAAGUUUACAUUCGACCAAAUGAUAGGUCUUUCAGCCAGAGUUUGUGAAUCGUAUUCAACAACGUUUUACACUGAAUCGGCAUGAUGAUCUUUUGCCGUAUAUAAAAGAGGAAACAACACCCGGAUGGAAACAUUAACCCGGAUUUAUAUAGCUAUAAUGGCAAUAUUCCCAUUCAAUUUGUAACUUCUACGAAUGACGCAUUUACGUUUCGAGAGUGAACCCUUCACUCAUGGCAGGAGGCUGGCAUUGCACCUGUGCCAUCACUUCGCGGUGAUUCUGGGCAUUCUUUUGGUGUCGCUCGGUACACCGAGAACAAGUAUAGUGGAACACGCGGCAUUGCGGCGGCUGUCUACCCACUGGACAGACAACGUGAAGUUUUUGACAGAGGCUGCUGUGGCCAACGUACUGCUCUCAACCCCAACCGGGCUCUUGACGGCCACGGGCAUAGAUAGAGUGUGCAAACGGAACACAGAUAUUGGGCCAUCAACUGUUCUUUCUGCAGGAGCUGUCCACACCCCUCAACAUCUGAUGCUUCCAAGUUUGUUAUUACACUAUCGUUCCAUAUCGGGCCACCUGAUGAAUUAGAAGCCCCAGGCAUGGAGCCCGAUCUUGAUUCGCUUGAAGUUGGCUAGGACGACGCUGAUCAUUUCCUUUCUCCGACGCCUUGGAGCAUCAAGAAACCUGAAAAUGGUUGGGCUGUGAACUCCGCCAAGAUCUCGACCGCUCAGCAGUACAGCUGGGGAACUGCUUCAGGAUUCAUGGUAUGCGCUUGAUUGCCGAAAGGCGAGCUUGCAAAGCGAUUGAGGAAGAUAAUUCCUCUAUUCUGGUACCACCGAUGGCUCUGAAGUAGCCAUUCCGGGCAUCUCUAU